ACGCGCGUGCGCCUGUGUGCGGGACUCGGGAGGAUACUAAAGCGGUAUAGUGCACAUAAGAGAAAAGGGCCUGAGUUCAGGAAGUAAAGUGACAUGAUAACCUAAAGCUCGGUCACUUCUUCGCUAUUCCUGGUUUUACGCUUUGGAGAGCGCUAUGCCGACGCAGCGAGUGUCCGCUCUGCCUCGGCAGCAGUCCCUUCUCCUGCCCGCGGUUAUCAACCCCUUCGUACAGGACACAAAGCUCAGCAGAGGCACUAUUAUCCGAUGUGCUUUGAUAGGGAUCGUCCUGGUCCCUCUCCGGGCCAUCCUCAUGUCUCUGGUUCUCAUGGUAACGUGGCCAGUCUCAGUUAUCAUAACCUUCAAGUAUCCCCUGAAGGGAGCCGAGCCAAUGACAGGAUGGAGACGGUUCUUGUGCCAGAAUGUGAUGGCUACUUUGGGGAGGUUGUACUACUUUAGUAUGGGCUUCAGGGUGAUAGUGAAGGGGAAGCAGGUGAGCAGCAGUGAGGCUCCUAUCCUGGCUGUGGCGCCACACUCCACUUUCUUUGAUGGGAUUGUUUGCCUUGUGGCUGGUCUGCCCUCCACAGUGUCCCGUGUGGAAAACCUGGCUACACCCAUCUUUGGCCGAUUUGUGCGCUGCCUUCAGCCUGUGCUGGUAUCCAGAAAAGACCCAGACUCUAGGAAGAAUACAAUAAAAGAGAUUGAGAACCGAGCUAAGUCUGGAGGUCACUGGCCACAGCUUCUGAUUUUUCCAGAGGGAACUUGCACAAAUCGCUCAUGUCUUAUUACAUUUAAACAAGGUGCCUUCAUUCCAGGUGUUCCUGUACAGCCUGUUAUUUUAAGAUAUCCAAAUAAAAUGGACACAGUGACCUGGACCUGGCAGGGAUUUGGCUCGACCACUCUACUUCUCCUUACAUUAUGCCAGCCCUACACCACAGUGGAGAUAGAGUUCCUUCCUCCAUGCAUUCCCUCAGAGGAGGAGAAGAAAAGCCCCACUCUGUUUGCAAACCAUGUGCGAGAUGUAAUGGGCAGAGCUUUGGGUGUUCCUGUUACUGAUCACACUUAUGAAGACUGUCGCCUCAUGAUCUCUGCUGGAGAACUAACCUUACCAAUGGAGGCUGGGCUGGUAGAGUUCACCAAAAUUAGUCGCAAACUAAAUUUAAAAUGGGAUAAUGUGAAGAAGGAGCUAGAAGGAUUUGCUAAUAUUGCGAGAUCAUGCAAAGGAGGGCGCAUUACCAUAGAGGAGUUUGCCAAAUUCCUUCAAUUGCCUCUUAACCCAGCCCUCAAAGAACUAUUUACACUUUUUGACAGGGAUGGAGAUGGCACCAUAGACUUCAGGGAAUAUGUUAUCGGGGUAACAAUCUUGUGUCGCCCUGCCAACACAGAAGAUGUUCUCCGUAUGGCUUUCCGGUUGUUUGACACAGACGAGGAUGAGAAAAUCACCCAUGAGGAGUUCACUGCUCUUCUGCGCUCUGCUCUGGGUGUGUCCAGUCUCAACAUGACCAAGCUCUUCAAGGACAUCGAUGCAGACGGUUCUGGCUUCAUCACAUUCAGUGAAUUCCAAGCCUUUGCAUCGACACACCCAGAGUAUGCUAAGCUGUUUACUACUUACUUGGAGCUUCAGAGAUACCAGGCCAUUCAGGAGGCCCCACCUGGGGAUCUGGAACUGAGCAGUCCCAGCAUUUCAGAGGACAAGAUGGAGGACAGCGUUUCAGACAAGAAAGAGGACUGACAACUUGGACUGAGGAGUUACAUUAACAGUCAAGGGUAACACUUUACAAUAAUCCACAUUCAGUUAUAUCUCAGAAAUCUCAGUAGUAUUUUAAUUCAAUACUUUAUUAACAGAACAUGGGCAAUGUAUUCACCGCUCUGGAAUUAUAUUUUAAUACAAAAUUUCAGUAGAAAAUAGACAAAAAAGUAGAAAAUAUCAGCCAAACAAUAGUUACUCUGAGUUAUUUCCAUGUCAUUACAAAGUUACACAACGGUUACAUGCUUUUUUACUGAAACAUUGCUUUGAGUGUGUUUAUGCUAUGAAUUAUAGUGCCUUAUAUUUUAAAACCACUAAGGGUUAAACUGACGUAGAAUAUGAAUUCACACCCAUGUUCUGUCUGAGCUGUGAGCUUAUUCAUCGUGGUUUCCUGUAAAUAGAUGUGAAAUUUGCCACAUCGACAUCAUUUUAAACAGAAGCAAAGACUCCUUGUGCUUCUGUGUUGCAGUAUAAUUAGUACUUCAUUAUGGUCUCCUAUUGCUAGCCCACCAUGUUCUGUCUACUACACAUGCUGUGUUUUACACUUUUUGCAGCGCUCAGGGACACAGACCGUUGUAAGAUGGCUGUAUAAUUAGCCAGAGGUUUGCUUUGCAUGUGUAUCCAUUUGCAUUUCCACUGAAGAUCCAUGUUGCUGAGUUUGCAGUACAGCUUUAACUUCGCUAAAGCAAAUCCACUGUGGAAAAAAUGGGGCAAUUUGUGAGCAAAAAGGCAACAGCACUCCACGCAUCCAGCAUUCCAACAGGGUAUAUAGUUAUUUAUACUGUGCAACCAUUAAGUCAUUAUUUUAUCUUUUUGUUAAUACAGCAAAGUUUGUGUUCAAAAUAAACCACUUUGCUUUUUUUUUU